GAUUCAGGAUGUCAGCCAAGAUGUGGCAGAAGCGAUGGGACGCUGAGAGUGUAAAGUACCGAGCACUGCACGACGGGAACAGCAAAGUUUGUCUAGAGCCAAGAAAAUAAAACAAAUCACGUGAAAUGGCAUCCCAGUAUUCUGACCUUGAGAAGGCCAUUAACACCUUGGUCACAAACUUCCAUUCUGCUUCUUCUGAUAAUCGGCCUACGCUGAAGGUAGAUGAGUUCAAGAGCCUCCUCUCCUCCGAGCUGCCAACUUUAAUCAAGUCGGAUAAUUUUGGAGAAGUGCUGAAGCAAAUGGGUGUGAAAGAUGGGGAAGGCAUCAGCUUCAAACACUUCUGGAGCCUGAUCCAGAAUUUGGCCUCAACCCAGCAUGGUCUGCUGAGCCACGAGAAGCUGUCCAAAUGCUCCUGCCUUUUACUAUGAGCCGUGGGCUUCAACUGCAUCUGCCACUGAGAUUUGGUCUCUCUGCAUCUCUGCAUUUAUCCAGAACCACUCAUCUCCAAACAAACCACUAACUUUCCUUCCUAAGCAUUCCAAUAAAUAAACUCAAUUUGUACAUCAAGAUUUUUUUAAACACAAUGUGUCAAGCAGUACAGCCAUCAUCUCUCCUCAUAUCAAAUUUCAUGUAAAUCUUAAUGUACAGACCAGUUAACUACUUCAUAUUCCAUAAUUGAACUGGAGUCCAAUUCGUUUUCACUUGCAACUGGAAUUUAAGCUUCCCACGAGUGCAUUUAACAAGUGUUUCU